UGAAAAUUUUCUAUAAGAAGUGCCCCAACCGAUUUCUUAUCCAAUAAUAACAUCAAAAAGCUUCCGUCUCUUACUUAAUUUGUUCUAGAAUUGGCAAGGACGAAGCAACAACAUGAUCGAUCCAGAAGUGCCAGCCAGCAAGGCUGAGAUGUUCCCCGAUGCUUCCGAGGGCAAGUGGGAGCCUCCGGAUUAUACUAUGAAGCAGAUCUACGACGCCAUCCCACCUCACUGCUUCCGACCCAACACCCUCUUCUCAUUAGGUUAUGUGCUCCGCGAUUUUGCGUUCGUUUUGAUGUUAGGGUUGGCGGCCACUCAGAUCCCCAGCAUCCCUUUCCCGCACCUGCGUCACGUUGCUUGGUUCACCUAUGCUUUCGUUCAAGGACUCGUCUUCACUGGUCUUUGGGAGCUGGCUCAUGAAUGCGGACAUGGCGCCCUUAGCAAGAGCAAAGCAUUCAACCAUACCACCGGGCUCAUCAUCCACUCGUUCCUUCUGGUCCCUUUCCAUUCCUGGCGAUUCACGCAUUCUCAGCAUCACAAGUCAACAAACAACCUCGAUAGAGAUAUUGCAUUUGUGCCUACGCUGAAAGAGGAUUUCGACAAUGAACGAGCAACGCAUAGCAAGGCGUGGGAGAUGGUGGAAGACACUCCAGUUGUCGCCCUCACCACACUCUUUUUCCAUCAACUCAUAGCCUGGCCAAUCUACAUGACCAUCAACAACUUCGCAAUCGAGCGAAUGGCAGCAGCGCCUUGGUGGAAGAGGAGCCAUUUCUACCUCGGAGGUGAUGGACCUAACUUCAAACCUGAGAACACCAGAGACGUCUUGAUUUCAGAUGUGGAGAUUGCGCUUGCUGCUACGGGACUUUGGGCAGCGGUCAGAUGGUUUGGAGCGUGGAAUGUGAUGCUGUUUUACGGAUUUCCGUAUUUGUGGACAAAUCACUGGAUCCUCACCAUAACGUUCCUUCAACAUACGGAUGUCUCGAUCCCGUACUACCCCACCAAGACUUGGUCCUUCUUGAGGGGUGCAGCGAGUACUGUUGACCGGGACUUCGGCUUCAUCGGCCGCCAUAUCUUCCAUGGCGCCAUCGAGACCCAUGUCCUGCAUCAUCACAGCUCCAGGAUCCCAUUUUACUAUGCAGCUGAAGCGUCAGAUGCAGUGAAAGGGGUGAUGGGGAAGCAUUAUCAAAGUGAUAUGAAGACGCCGUACUUGUGGGCAUUCUGGAAGAAUUACACACAGUGCAAAUUCGUGGUUGAGACGGAGGAAAGCAGUCAUAUUUACUUCUUUUCGAAGAACGAAUAGACAUUGGUUUAAGCAUGCAUUGGGAUAGACAAUAGACGCGGGAAACUAAAUAGAUUGGAUUCGAAAAGUUAGACUUGUUGGAGGACAGCAUAGACGAAGGGAUAAUACUUUCUUCGGUCAUAAUCAAUGCACCAGAUUUUCAGGGGUAUUUGAUCUAGAGAAUAUUGCUUUCAUUUCCCACCGGAUUUCCCUCUU